AUGGACCCUCAGCGCCCUUCCAGCAAAGCUUGCCACAACUGCCGAUACAGUAGGUUACGAUGCGAUCGCUCAGUUCCGGCCUGUCGCAAGUGCACCACUACUGGCAAGGAAUGUCUCGGUUAUGGGAAGCUGUAUAGAUGGGCGGGUGCAGUCGCCAGUCGAGGCAAGCUGGCCGGUAACAAAUUGCCUGUGUUGAACGACUCAACAUGGGUUGCUGAGGGGUCUUCGAUCAAGUAUAAAAGCACAGCCACCAGAGACGCGGUCGUCUCUGCAAACACGAGGCUAUGCCAUAGUCGUGCUCAGGUUUUAGCAUCUUCAGGCUCCAGCAACCAAACGAUUCCCUGGGCUUUGGUUGACCCUCUGUUCCAAGAUGUCAAGUCUGCGGAACGUCAGUAUCUAUCGUACUUCACAAAUCGACUAUGCCCAGAUCUAGUUGCUAUAGACCUCCCAGGCCUAAAUCCUUUCCACGAGUUGGUUCCUCUAAGCGGAGCACAUCCACUCCUGAGACACAUCAUUAUAGCUGCCUCGGCAACUCACAUGUCAAAUUUCCUAAAGCCUCGAGCUCAUAAUCAACUCGCCUGGCCGCAGUCCUCAAGUCGCCAGGCAUUGGCAACUUCCCGGCAUGUGGCUGCAGAUGCCCUGGUCGCUAAGCAGAAAGGACUCGAGGCACUUCGUCUGGCGAUUGAGGAAGCUAGCCCCCUUAAGAGCGACAUUCUUCUAGCGGCAGCCCAUUUCUUUAUCGCCUUGGAACUCAUCGAGUCUGGCAAGCAUGGCUGGAGAGCUCACCUUGAAGGCAGUGGCAAUGUGCUCAGACAUCUUCAGCCAGGGGGUUAUUCGAACAAGAUGCUGAGAGACUUCAUCAUAGCGGACUUCGUCAACGGCUUAUUAGCCUCUUCAUCCUACUUUUACACUGCGCAAGCUCCAUCAGUCAUCCGCUUUGCUUCCAACAACAGCUACAUUUGCUGCCCCGCCGAGAUCUUGCAGAUCUUAAUGGCCGUGGCACGACUCUCAAACGAACCGAGUGAUGACGGCGUUUCCAUUGCGAGGAUAACUGAAGAAGGGAUGGAGCACAUGAAUAGUGCCAUGUCGUACGAUUUGGAUGCCUGGGCGCGCGACAUCAAGGAUGUGCCACAUGGCCGCCAAGUCACCGAGAUUCAGAGCCGCACACAUGCGGGGCGUGCACACCAGUUGGCCUGUUGCUUGUACAUCUUAUACGCAGUUCCCUCCAUCAGGGACCAUCUACCUCCGGACACUGAGCAAACCUUGGAGCAAGACCUCUUCCUCCAGUUGUUGUCGAUACCUCACGGGGAUCCAAGCUUCAAGACAUCACCGUGGCCAACCUUUAUUGCCGGAGCUCAAGCCCGAGACCCAGAGAGGCAGGCCUGGAGUAUGUCAAGGAUGAAAAGACUCGCCGACUGCCUUCCCUGGGGAUUUGUGUAUACUUCCAUUGACACGCUGCAUGUAAUAUGGGACAGGAGGAGAAAGGAUGGAGCACAGCACAAUUGGUUACAUAUUCUGAAGGACCCAGAAGUUGCCUUUAUUCUGGUUUAG